GCCUGGCAGUAUGAGACAAGAUCUCCGAAACACAAGGGGGCAGUAAACGCUGAUCUGGAGUGUGCCACAACAAUAUUGUACAGUCAUGUCUGCUGAACGUGUUAAGGAGCAGCUGAAACUAUUUGUGGCUAUGUAGCAUGUGUGGGUUUCAUCCACUGAUAGUGCUUGGACGCAAAGUGACUUGUAGGGAUUCUGUAAAAGCGUUCCAGUUGUGUUAUUUCACAUCUUUUCAGAAGGAUAUUUAUACCACGCAUAUGAAGAGAAUGUCUCAACACAAGAAUAAGAAGAAUGGUAUCCCUGACAGAUGGACCGAUUAUCAGGCUGUGGGGAAAAGGAUACCUGGAACGCGUUUCAUUGCUUUUAAGGUCCCGUUGAAACAGUCCCUGAUAAAUCGCCUGCCCCCCGCCGAGGCAUUUGGUCUUAAUGAUCUCCUAAACGUGGUAGAAGAAGAGAAGCAACGGCUAGGACUAAUCAUUGACCUCACGUUCACAACACGCUACUACAAUCCAGAGGAUUUGCCCGAAUCUGUUAAGUUCCUGAAGAUAUUCACUGCUGGACAUGAAGUUCCAAGUGACCCUACCAUUCUCAAUUUCAAGAAGGCAGUUCGAAGAUUUCUACGAGACAAUGAAGAUAAUGAUAAGCUGAUUGGUGUCCAUUGUACCCAUGGGUUGAAUCGCACAGGUUACCUGGUGUGCAGGUACCUAAUUGAUGUCGAUGGAAUUGAACCUGGAAAAGCCAUAGAAUUAUUCAACACAUCAAGAGGUCAUACCAUAGAGAGACAGAACUACAUUGAUGACCUGCAGCAAAGACCUAAGAGAAGUAAUAAAGGUAUGGAGGACCCAGAGCAAGAACCCACCCAAGGGUAUGCCAACCACAGGCGUCCCAAUGCUCCCUUCAACCAGACCCAGUUCUCUAAACACCACACCCCCUCCAGGAACCAGAGGCCACGACCCAGAGACCACGAGGUCCCAUAUGAAGAACAUUUUAGACCUCAUCCUGGCUGGGGGAUGGACCAGAGGUUUAACGGCGGUGCAGGCCUCUUGCCCCCUCCUGGUCUCUACCCUGGGCCUGGUCUCUACCCUGGGCCUGGUCUCUACCCUGACCCACCUCCGUUUCAGAGACUGCCCCCCCACAGGCCUCGUCUUGCUGAGUGGGACAGGAGAGGACCCCCACAGUCCUGCCCUCCUCCCUACCCGAUGCUACUACAACGUUACAGGUUUGGUGACCCAGAGGAAGGUCCCCCAGUCGUUCAACAGCAGUCACAGGGACACAGGGACCGGAAGUCACGGGACCAGUCCCACAAGCAUUCGCACAGGCAACGUUGGACUUGACUGGGGCAGGAAGAAACUGAAGCGUGGUGUUUCUUUGUGUACCAAAGCUGCCAUUUGAACACUGCCACAAAUGUGGUUUGUUUUGAGAAUGUUUACAAAAAAAAUACACAAUAGUUUUGCAUUCUCUGAAGGGUAUGACUGACAAACUAAUGAAGUUUGUCUUGUCUUACUGGAACGAGGAUGUAGCAGACAGAUUGGGGCCAUUGCCGCUAUGGGAUGUUUUAUUUACUUCUUUGAACGCCCAAGGGGAGAGUCCUCUUCUCUUCUGAGGGUUAUACAUCAUAUUUAUCAGCUUUGUUUUACUCCAGUCUUUACAGUGUUUUUAAUGCUCUACUGGGCACUUACAAUUUGGCCUUGGAUUCUGGUAUAAUCAAAGCAACAACAGAAAUGAGAACUUCUUAUCUGGUUUAGUCUAAGGGUCACUUUGCAGACUUAACUGACUUUACUUUCCCAGACCAUGGACAGGCAGACAACUUACAGUUUUGUGGACAGACUUUAUCCUACAUGCAUUAUCCUGACAUUCUUAGCCAGUCUCAAGUGCCUUUUUUUUAUUUUAUGUAAGUUUUAAAAGGCCUGUUGGUCCUCGGAUGAAAUCAUCUGGGAUCAGUUAAGGUGGGGAUUCAGUUAGCAUUCAAUGCUGCACAAAAAAUUGUCACAAUGACAUGUACUGUUUGCAACAGGUUUAAAACAUCAUAAAUAAAAACUUUGCAAGCA